GCAAUUCUUUCCAGACUUGACUUUACAUGGUUUGGACAUUAACCCAUUGGCUCGGUGAACGACUGGCUCACAAAUCGGACGUUGCUAAUCCACUUGUGCCUAUAGAUUUUGGAGUAAAACAUCUAGCGAUAGAAACAGACAGCUGAUCAUCAUGAGAAUUAAAAUAAUCUUGCUUUCAGUUGUAAUUGCACACUUGUGCACUGCCACCAAUAAUGGCUAGACCUUCCCAUUUACCAAUGCUCGGACCGACCUUCACAGCCUUUGAAGUCAGAGUUCUUUGAAGGAUGCAGCCUUUGUAUCGAUUCUGACUACGAUUCGCAGGCCUGGCUCCUGAAUCAAACCAACAAGAGUGCUUACGCAAAUGCUAAGGGUGGUCUAGUAGGGUGCAAAUGCUUGCUAAGCAACGACUCCACAACAUAUUUUUACGAUACUGACUGCUGUCUAUACAGUCCUUCUUUUCAAAUCGCGAGUAUAACAGAUAUGAUCUUUAAUAUAGAAUUACAUAGACACAACAUUACAGUUGAAUUUCCAAUGAAUUUUCCAAUGAAUUUGAUCAUCUCACCCAAGUCUGCUGUCUUUCUCAAAGGCUUGAUGGUCACACACAUCAUGCCCUCAUUCUACAUCAUCGUCAUCCUCAUUAGUUUGCCCCUGAAUGCUUUGGCCUUUGUGACGUUCACCUGUAGGAUUCAAGUGAAGAAACCAGCCGUGAUCUACAUGUCUCACCUGGCGUUUGUGGACCUGUUCUUUACCCUGCUGCUGCCUCUGAAGAUCCACUACCAGCUGAACGCUUCAGAUUGGGUGUUCGGUGAGGUGGCGUGUCGUGUGUUCAGUGCAGCUUACUACUGCUACAUGUACUGCUCCAUACUGCUGAUGAUGUGCAUUAGUGUGGACAGACUGCUGGCUGUGGCGCUUCCCAUCACCUCUUUAACCUGGAGGAGCACAAGGAAAGCCAUGUGCGUAUGUGUGCUGGUCUGGCUGCUGGCGCUCGCUGGUACGGUGCCACUUCUCUUAAUGAGACAAACGGACAACAUUAAGGAUGUGGGCAUCACUUGUCAUGACGCACUGCGCCACUACGACCCUACAAUGCUGUAUUAUGUGCACCUGUUCUCCAUCCUCUCCUGCCUCUACUACUUCUUGCCACUGGUUGUCACCUUAGUGAGCUACUUUACUAUCAUAUAUGUACUCAGUGCAAAGUCUGAACUCUCGUCAUCACCUUCAGGUGUCCGAAGGAAAGCUGUGAUUAUGGCUACAGCUGUGCUGAUUGAGUUUGUGGUGUGUUUUGCUCCAACCAAUGGCAUCCUUUUGUACCACUGUGUUCAUUUAGCUACUGGAGGAAACCACGAGGAAACAGAUUCAUCAUAUAUUGCAUACCUGUUGGCUGUGUGUUUGGGGAGCGCAAGUGUUUUUCUGGACCCUCUUCUAUACUACUACGGCUCGUCUCAGUGCAGACAGAAAAUCAGAUCUGUGUUUUGGUGCAGAAAGGCAAAAAGAGCGAAAACGGCAAACAAAUGAAAUGCUUUCACUGCAGCUGCACAAUACAAAAAAGUGUAUUUCUCUUAAAAUAACAACUGCUAUAUUCUUGCUUGACAAGUUCACUACACUGUAUUUAUCUGCCAGUAUUAACAGAUAUGGAAUGAAGUGUUGGUGUUAAAUUUCUCUGUAUGCACUCAUUUAUUGUUCACUUUACUAUAUCAUGCAGUAUAUUGACAACUAUACCGUGUUAUGUCAGGAAAGUCUUUGGAGCACUGUUUAUAAUGCAUGAUAUAUUAUAUGCAUAUUAUUCAUAUAUAUAAUGUAUGUCACCCAUAUCCAUCUAUAUCAAUAAAUAAAACAAUAAUAAUAUAAAUAAAAUCUGUAACAGCCUAUUUGAUCAUUGCUUUCACAUAUUUUGGUUCUGCAAUUUCACAAAGGCUGUGAUUAAGCAAUCGUCUACCUCACAUUGUUAAUUACCCAACGUAAAUAACUUAAAGCAUAUACUUUUCUGGCAGACACGUAUGCUGUUGUGUUUAGUGCAUUUUAGGUAGCUAUUACACCAAAACAUGUGCAUACAUAGAUUGUGCACACUGUUCUGUAAGGUGUGUCCCAGGUAAGGUCACAUGACUCUGGCUUUCAACUGUUCAGGUUUGAUAAGGGAUUUAGAAAGCAAUGAGUAAUAAGUAAUGGAAUACUUAAUUUCCCGGGUUCUUUUGCGUACUCUUUUAUAAGUAGGCUACUGUGGAUUUGGACAUACUGUACUUCUUUUAUCACAUAGACUAGGCUACUGUUUUUCACCUAUUACACUCUAAAAAAUGCUGGGUUAAAAACAACCCAAGUUGUGUUGAAA